AGCAUAAGAACAUCGUCUCCCUUUUAAACGAUAAGUAAAAGAUGAUAAUUUCAGUACUUUGAUCAGAGCUGUACAGCCAACUAUGUGUUUCAUUAAAGCGCCUCAGGGCUGAUCUAUUAUUCAUGAGCGGGUUUAGGGGGAUGACGCUGUUUCCUGGUGGGUGAUGGCGGUGGAUUUGACUCCGAGGUUUAGGAGGCUAAACAGCGAAACAAGAUGUUUUCGAGAGAACAGACAACCUGCAGGUGUGACAGGGCCGUUCAGAGCAACGCAGCUGUGGAGAAACAUUAUUGGAGCUUUACAGACACAGGUUGAGGUGAAGCGCCACCGCCAGCAUUUGCGUGUGCACAGAGAGUGCUUCACUGGCUCCGAUGCCGUCGAUGUGGUCCUCAGCCAUCUCAUGCAGAACAUCUACUUCUGCUCCAGCGAGGUGUCCCGACUCAAAGCUGCCAGGCUAUGCCAGGCCCUCAUGGAUGCACGAGUGUUCGAGCCGGUUGGUAUGAAACUCUUCCGCAGAGAGAAAGAGAUGGCCUUCGAGGACUCUGGAUGCAGCCUGUACCGCUUUGUGGACUGUGAUGCUCUUCCAGGAUCUGCCAAGAGUAGUGGAGAUGUGGAGAAUGUAACACCAGUAAAACAAAACGGAAAGAAAAAGAAGUGGUCCAGGUUUGAGGAUGUGAGGACCAUCUCCAACCCCUUGGCACAUGGAUCCUCUGACAGAAGGGUGGAAAGGAUACUGCAGACCAUCAACCUCCAGCCAUCUGUGCCCUCUGGUCUAAAUCACGCUGGCUUAUCAACUAGUUGCCUCUCCAAAACAGUGGUACAGGAAGUGUGGAAGCAGCAGACUCUCCUCCAGCUACUGCAGUUAGUGGAGCUGCCCAUGCUGGACUGCAUUCUAACCUCACCUGCGAAACCCGAGUCCCUUCGCAUGCCCUUACAUCGUAACCACGAUGACCUGAUCAUCUCCAACACCUGUGUAGACCGAGAGGUUUCUCAGGUCCUCAAUCUGCCAGAGCUGGACUCCUGGCUGAUGGCGGCAGCAGACUGUCUGGAGCUGUUCCCAGAUCAGCUGAUAGUGGCAACAGGAGAGCAGCUGGUCCAUGACACUUCCAGUGAGGGUGAAGAGAGACUGAGAGUUCAGAAGAGAAUACUGUUUGAUACCAUAGCCAAGUACUACAGCAGUCAGGAGAGAAUGCCCUUAUUGGCUGGACGUUACAUGGACAUCCACACAGGCAUUCUGAAGCUGUUGGACUGCGGGAGGGGUGAGGAUGCACUGAGAGCAUCUCAGCUGUGUCUGCGUCUGCUGGAUGCUAGCUCUAGAGAUGAGCUUCGCAGGCUGCUGGCCUUUAUGGCUGAAGCUGGUGACUCUAAGGCCUUCAAACUGCACAAACAGAUUGAGAACAGGGCUUUGGUAAGCAGGAUGUUUGUGAAGGCUGUGCUGCAGGGUAAAGAUGUGGCUCGUGUGCAGUGUGAGCAGCUCUUACUGUUCCUAAUGGACAACCACUUACACCUGUUUAAGACUCCGGUGUCCCUGAUUGAGACUGUGAGGAAGGCCCUGCAAACCUUACAGCAGGGGAGGGAUCCGGAUAAUGUAGCCCUGUUCGCGUUCUGUCAGCAGGUGUCGGUAAAGAAGUAUAAAGAGCAGCGAGAGAAGACCACUUCUGACAGCCUGAAGCAGCUCAUUGACCACAUCACCCUCAACAACAAGCUCUCCACCAAAGAGAGACGGCGGCUUAUCAAAGAGUUCCAGAAGCACCACCCAGCUGUGUUCCUCCAGCACUUCUCUUCCACCUUCUAAACAGGGCAGAACUACAGCGGGUACUUUCACUGUUAGCCAGUGUCCAGUUCAGAUUUCUGAUUUUUCAUGCUCUAGCAGACCUACUAAACCGGGUAAUUACAGGCUAGACUUGCCCAUCUCUGUACAAGACGAAGCUUUGGUACUUUGCUAAAACCGUUGCUGUUAAUGGUAAAAUGAUGUUUACAUACUGCUGUAUGUAUUUAUUCUGCUGUAUGUACUUGCUGGAAGAUAACUGUUUAAUGAAGGAUGGGUUAAAAAGCUUAGCUUUAUGACACUAAAUCCAUAUUUGUCAUAUCACCAAUAUCAUAUCAAAACUUAUUUACUAUAUGUAAAUAUUAAAUGUCAAAUAGACAUUGAAAAGGGUCCCUUUACAUUAAUUGAAGUAAAGAACCUUUUUUCUUUACCUAAAAAAGAGAAAAAAUGAGAUUUUGUUAUAAUAAGCAUAAUUUCACAAAUGCACACUACUACUACUGAACUGUUUUAGAGCAAAGGAACACAAACUUUUAUUUAAAUUAGUUUGUCAUUCAAGCCAUGAUGUUUAAUUGCUUUUAAUUUCCUCAUAUCCUCAGCUGAGAAUUACUUGAAUUGAUGUAUGUUUAAAAAUAGUCAGGGAUGUGUUUCUUCUUCUUCUUCUUCUUCUUCUUCUUCUUGGUUUUUGUUCUAUUUUAUUAAUGUAGUUUUGUUAAAUUUACUGGAUGCUGAAUGUCUUGAAACUAAUGAUUUGUUGUGAUUUGUUCAGUUUUUGGUGAAAUAUGUGAAAAUGUCUAACAUAGAAAGGGACGUAUAUUGUAAAAUGUAGCAGAAUGCUAAAUAAUAUUAAUAUACAAUUGAAUAUUUAACAAAUUUUAUAGUUUUGAAUUAGAAUGAAUUGAUGUUGUAGUUCUGUACCUGAACUGGAUUAAAUAUAAAUAUAUAGAGUGGUGGACAGAUAGUCACAGACUGUAAUUGAACUGCUAGUGCCAAAAUGGUUACCUUGUAUUUGUAUACUGCUUAUGUUAUGUUAGAAGAACUUUUAUGACAAGGCUUGAAUACUGGAGUUCUAACAUAUGCACUAACAUGUGCACUAAUGUCUUUAUGUUACUGAAGUAAAAUUGACAUGUUGCAAAAGUA